AUGGAGGAUUUGUCGGUCGAGGUGUACGGUGAAAAUGGUGCUUAUUAUAAGGCCAUUGUCACCGACGUGCUCGACAACGAGGUUCUCGUAGCCUUUGAAAAUGACUGGCAGCCGGAAUCGAAAUUUCCUUUUUCUCAAGUGUUCUUACCACCUAAGGAUACGGGCAAACACACAGAGUUCGUGGAGAACCAAGAGGUCGAGGUUUUCGCGAGGUCAAACGAGAAGGAAGCAUGUGGGUGGUGGACAGCAAAUAUCAAGAUGAUGAGGGGCGAGUUCCUCGUAAUAGAAUAUCUGGAAUGGGAUAACUGCUACACAGAGAUUGUGCCAAAGGACCGUCUGCGCGUCAAGACGCCGAAAACUCCCAUUGAUAAAACUACAUUUCACAAAUUUGAAAUCGCCGUACCCGAGGAUCUAAAGGACUAUGCGAAGGUGGAGAACGCACACAAGGAGUUCCAGAAGGCGAUCGGCGCGGCGCUGGUGUGGUACGUGCCCGAGCGCGGCGUGCUCGCCGUCAUCUCGCGCUGCGAGACCUCGCAGAAGCGUGCGCAGAUGCUGCAGGAGAUGCACUUCAGAAAUUUAACGCAAAAGCUGCUAUUACUUAAAAAGACUGAAGAAGCCGCGAGACAGCUGGAGUCUACAAAAAUACACAACCAGGGAGGGUACCAGGACGAGUUCAGCGUGCGCGAGGACCUGAUGGGGCUGGCCAUCGGCACGCACGGCGCCAACAUCCAGCAGGCGCGCAAGGUGCCCGGCGUCACCAACAUCGAGCUGGAGGAGGUCUCCUGCACCUUCAAGAUAUGUGGGGAGAGCGGCGAGGCGGUGCGCGCGGCGCGCUCGCUGCUGGAGUACGCGGAGGAGUCGGUGAAGGUGCCGCGCGCGCUCGUGGGCAAGGUCAUCGGCAAGAACGGCAAGGUCAUCCAGGAGAUCGUGGACAAGAGCGGCGUCGUGCGCGUCAAGGUGGAGGGCGACAACGAGCCGCAGCCCUCCGCGCCGCGCGAGGAGGGCAUGGUGCCCUUCGUGUUCGUGGGCACGCGCGAGAACAUCGCCAACGCCAAGGUGCUCGUCGAGUACCACGUCGCGCACCUCAAGGAAGUGGAGCAGCUCCGCGCGGAGAAGCUGGAGAUCGACCAGCAGCUGCGCGUGGUGAUGGGCGGCGCCGUGUCGGCGUACCCGCCGCCGCGCGGGGCGCCGGCCGCGCGCGCGCGCCGCCCGCGACCUCCGCACACGCGCUACCCGCCUGGCGCGCGCCGGACGACGCCGGAGCUGGGCGAGGAGCAGCGCGGCGAGCGCGGCGACGGCUCCUACCGCGGCCGCCAGCGCCCGCCCAGGCCCAACAGAUCGAGCGAGCGUCGCGGUGAAGAGAGGCGCGUGCCGCUAGAGAAUGGGCGCGCGCAUCCGCGGCCGCCGCGUGACAACCGCGACACUCGCGACACGCGCGACACUCGCGACACACGCGACACGCGCGAGCCCCGCGAACCCCGAGAGUCCCGCGAGCCGCGCGAGCCCCGCGACACUCGUGACACACGGGACACACGAGAUGCGAGCGGGCGGCGACGCGAUGAGCGGCGGAGGCAGACGGACGACGAGAGCACCGUGCUCGACAGCCAGGACGUGUCCAGCGCCGACAGAGGAGGCGGGUGGAAGAACGGCGUGAGCGGUCCCCCCGCCGGCGCGGCGGCGGCGGGGGCGGGGGCGGGCGGCGCGGCAGGCGGGGCGGCGGUGGGCGGCGCGGGGGCGGCGGCGGGGGCGGGCGGGCCCAAGCGCCGCGACGCGCCCAAGCCCAAGAGCGAGCCGCUGCUGAACGGCACGGCG